UAUACUAGGGAGAUAAAGUCCCAUAAGCUUCUAGUGUUGCCAUAUUUUUAACAAACCUGGAUACUCGAGACUUCACCCACCUCCCCGAAGUGCCUUUCCGCUGUUACUCGCCAAGAUGCCCAAAGGAUUCCUGGUAAAAAGAAACAAGAAGUCCGCACAUGUUUCCUACAGGACUCGGUCAGACGAAGAUGACCUCCAGGAGCCACCCACCCCAGCCCCAGCUGCCUUGCAGUACCAGCCGGACCCCUCCCCGCCGAUGUCCCUGGCGUCCAGUCCGGACCGCGCCGCAGCAUCGCCGGAUUUCGGAGCAGCUGAGGCGCUGGUACCAAGACUGGAGAAGCCGGCGCAGUUCGGCAACCCAGAGGCGGUGUGCCAAGCCCUCUACAGCCCCACCCGGCCCAUCAGCAAGGAGCACGACAGGGGAUAUUUUGAGCGAAGUUUCAAUCUAGGCUCGCCUAUUUCUGCCGAGUCAUUCCCGACACCUGCCUCCCUCUCUGGCCUGGACCACCUCCUGUACGCCCCGGUAGACCUGAAAAUCGGCACCAGCAACAGCAGCCGCAGCGGCACCACCAGCAGCCUCCCGGCACCGAGCAACCGGGUCGGUACCAAAAGGCCCGCAGCUGACGGCGCGGAGCGCAAAUCGAAACCCGCCUCCAAGAAACCCAAAGCCAUUAGAAAACUCAACUUUGAAGACGAGGUGACGACUUCUCCCGUGCUCGGUCUCAAAAUCAAAGAGGGGCCAGUGGAGAUGAAGCCGAGGGCGCAGUCCUCUGGAGGGAACAAGCCUUUAGGGGAGUUUGUGUGUCAGCUGUGCAAGGAGGCGUAUGCGGACCCCUUCUCUCUGGCUCAGCACAAGUGCUCCCGCAUCGUCAGGGUCGAGUACCGGUGUCCCGAGUGCGACAAGAUGUUCAGCUGCCCGGCCAACCUCGCCUCUCACCGCCGCUGGCACAAACCCCGGACCACCGGCGUACCGGCGAUGUCACCCGCUCAGCAGGGCAUCAAACCCGAAAUGGCCAAAAUGCCACCGCUAGGUGUCAAGUCAGUGUCCGACGAAGCCAAAGACAUGAGUGACAGAGACACCCCGAGUCCAGGUCUGUCCGAGUCCGGCUCUGAAGAUGGCUCAUACGACUGCCAGUUCUGCGGGAAGAGGUUUAAGCGACAGGCAUACCUAAGAAAACACAUCAUGGGACACCAGGCCUUGCAAAAGAAGGUGCUGGAGGAGCACGGGUUUCAAACCAGCGACCGUGCGGCAGAGCAGGCUCCGCUCUCCUCCUCCUCCUCCUCCUCAGCACCACCACCCUCAUCAUCAUCAUCAUCAUCUUCAUCAUUAUCACCCUCAGAGGAAGCCUCAAACCAAAGCCCUCUCAAUCUGAGCCCGGUGGACUGCCUGCUGUGCCCGGUGUGCGGGGAGAGUUUCACCAGCAGGGCCGGUCAGGAGAGACACCUGCGCCUCAUGCACUCCUCCCAGAUUUACCCGUGCAAAUACUGCCCCGCCACUCUCUACAGCUCGCCGGGACUCACCAGGCACAUAAACAAGUGCCACCCCUCGGAGAACAGGCAGGUGAUCCUGCUCCAAAUGCCGGUGCGCCCCGCCUGCUAAAGACAACACUAAACUCGUGCCUUUCAUGGAGGGGGGGAAGAAAAAAGAAAAAGAAAAAAGAGAAACAAAAAAGUGGCUUCGGGGGUUUAAAAAAAAAAAAAAAGAGUUUGUGAUGCUCGCUGCCAUAACUUUAGGCCAAUGAAAGGCAGGGCGGUUUGAUGUUUAAGUGGUGUUUAAUGAGGUGUCUUUUCCAUGCCAAUCAGUGAUUGUUGAAUGCUUCUCUCUAUAUUUGAAUUACAUAUAGGCCUAUUUUGAGAUGUUCUUUCUCAAACUAGUUUAUCGAGGAAAAAAAAACAAUACAAAGCGUUAGUUUGACUGUUAAAAGGGUAUUUUUCUAGGACAGCACAUGUGUUCAAUGAUAGCUUCUAGACCUAAGAAAUGUCUUAAGAUUCUCAGAAAUCCUUUUCCCCAUCAAAAGCCUUUCCAGUUCACCGACCGUGAUUGCUCUAUCACUGUAGCUUUACGCUAGUUUGUGAAUGACAGAACUUAUCAACUUUGUAUUGGUGGGGGAAAAAAAAGAGUGACUGAAGCAUUCUCUGUUUAGUAGAACCACAAAUGCCUUUAGUAUACAAAUAAGCCUAGUCCGACAUAGCCUACAUACACAUCCAAAUCCCGCUUUAUAACUGCCUUAAAAAAGUCAUCAUAGACUGUUUUAAUUUUGAAUGCUGGCACAUAUUUUAUUAUUAUUAUUAUUAUUAUUAUUAUUAUUAUUGAAGAUUGUUGCAAUAUUUUUCAUCAUAUGUUUAUUUAUUUAUUUAUUCUAAUUAUUUUAUGUAACUUAUUGUUGUGUUUGUUGUGACUUUUUCCUGUGAAUCGUUAUGGCAGUUUACAUGUCUUGAUAGCCAAAAUGUUUUUUUUGUUUUUGUUUUUCUAAUUUACAGUAUGAGUUGUGAUAAUUGUCGUGGGUCGGGUUUUAAUCUUCAAUCUCCACAGCUCUUGUAAAAAGAAAAAAAACGUAAAGCUCUUACCUUAGAUGCAAUCUUUUUUAAGGACAAGUUAUUUUUCUUA